AAUGGCUUGGAAAUAAAGUUCAAUUAACUCUGUAGCCGGCAAGGCUGGUGGGGCUCCUUGAACACAAAUAGAUUCUGGCCAGAAUUCUACGCAGAUGCCAUACUCUAGAACACGUGCCGCGAAGCCAUUCUCCAGGAUCGAACGUGGUUCACAAUAUAGAGUUUAAGCCACGGUCGUCAAUACUUCUGUCAGGCUUCGGGAUCAUUGGCAUUCUCAAAAAAAAAAAAAGGACAUGAAGUUGUCGAAUAAUUUGGCGGCGAACAUCGUGCCGUUAUCCGACGUACGUGAAAGUUGUACAAAACCUCAUGAUCUUUAUACUUUUUGCUACAGGCGAUGGCUUCGACCGCGCAAAACGUGGCCGUGCCGAAGACGCUUCUGGCCCGCUGUCUCCCCUGUUCCCGCAUCGACAUCUCUUCCUCUGUCUCUCUCUUUCCCUCUCCUGAAACCUCGCAUUGUUGGCCACGUGGCGAGGACGCCAUGGCUACUUUGGCUAUAUGCAAGUCAGAUUGACUUAUUUCGUGAAUGGUCCUGCAGUGUGCUUGCCCAGAGCAAAGCUCUAGUUACGUGCGUAGCAGCUUCACCCUGGCAAAAUCAAUUGCACAUAUAUUCAGUGUCGUUUUACAAGACCUACUAUCACGCAUCAUCUGGAAAGCAAGAAAAGCAUGUUCCGAACGAGAAUAUAGGCAAAAGAUGGUCCACCCAAGAUGAAGAAGCAGGCUUCAAGCUUCAUAUCAAGUGCCGAUGUACCCACUCGUGGGGCGUGUGCUGCAGCGGAACUAAAGCCGGCAUCUAACCCUGACGAAUUCAACUGAUUGAUCAUUGUUAUGAAGCCUGCAAGAGACUGUUGUUCCUUCACGAAACAAGCUGCCAGAUGGUCGU